AUGUUUGGAUUGUUUAAGAAAUAUGCUACGAAACAUAUUAAUACAUAUUCUAGUUAUAUUAUAAAUUAUGCCAACGUAAUGAGAGUAUUGGCGGUUGCCAAAAUAGCACCGUCAUUUGUUUUAUUAGUUCAAACCCUUCAGCUGAGGCAGACUGUUGAAAACUACGUGAACAUAGCUUUUGACGAUCCCAGCAUGAGUAGGGCUGUUCAGUUCUUAGAGACUCUGCUAAAAUGUUGUGGUACGAGUGGACCAGAAGCAUACAUAAAUUUAGAGGGAAUUCCACCAGAACUUCCACCCACGUGCUGUGAUGUUCAAGAUAAUGGAACAUCGUGUUUGAUAGAAGACGCUUAUCAACGAGGCUGUGCCACUUUAAUUGGUGAAGCUGUCCAAACAUGGAGUACAUACUUGGGCUAUUUAUUUAUGGUUAUUAUUGCUGGAGAGGUGGUAAAACUGACUGUCGCGUCGUAUGUCAUCCGCGCCAUAAAAGAGAAACUUUUACGAGAUUAA